ACUUCACAGACAUGUGGAAGUGCAUUUAUACGAUGACUCUCCUGUAUUUACUGAAUGCAUCAUCAAUCCCUUGUUGAGAUGUAAACUGGACUCCUGAUCCCAAGCCCUUUGCAUCACCAUGCCAACACCUGCCUUAGGUCAAACAACCAGGACUCUCUAGCAACGUUGCUAGGUGCCAGGGCCUCGAUAGACCUCUGUGGGACUGAUAGUAGAUCCCUCCAGGGAGAGGGAGAGAAAGAUUUUUCUGCCAAUGGAGUCUCUUGUUAUUGUGCAUUUGGCCUAUAAGAGACCAACUUGUGGAGGGAUGUGCAUGCCCUGGAGCAACCGUUCUGGCCCAGUUUCCACCAGAGUUGCCCACUGAGUCUUGCUGUCUGAACUACUCUGGCUCCUCUUUCAACCAUGUGCUAUGGCCCACACUCAGCAAUGGGACCAAUCUACAGAUGCUGGAUCUGUCCCACUGUAACAUCAGCCGUAUUGAGGUGGGCACUACCUGGGCUUCAUCACCUCUGAUGGUGGUCUACCUGAGACAUAACAGACUAACCACGCUGCCAGGAGACUUCCUGGCCACUCAGACCAGUCUCAGGGUGCUGGAUCUGGGCAUGAACCUUUUAGGGGAGUUGCCUGAAGGCUUCUUCCAGGGCUCUGAGGAGCUCCAGGAUCUGGAUCUACAGGGGAACUGCCUGCGUUCUCUCCCCACCUCUGCACUACAGCGGUCCAGCCUGCUGAAGCUGAAUCUGGCUGACAACCCGUGGGACUGCUCCUGUUCCCUGGUGGAGAUCCUGAAGGCUGGAGGGCAGGGGAACAGCAGCAGCCUCGAGGGUAACGUGACCUGUGCCUCUCCCAAGAGCCUGGUAGGUGAGAGUGUGUGGUCAGUCAGGGGGAGUGAUGUGUGCCGUCCCCCAGGCCUAACCGCCCUCUUCAUCCUCCUCCCCCUCCUCAUCCUCCUGGCCCUGGUGCUCUGUUGGUGCUGCGGGAGGACAAAGAAGAGAAAGGAGACCCUCACAUUUGGCUCCUCCAAGAACAAGGCCUCUCACCCAGACUGCAAUGGGCACAGGCAGCAUCGAUCCAAACACCCAGGCAGACAGGUGGCCAAGGUGGAGGAGGGUGGCGGAAGGGUAGAAAUCCUGAAAAACCAGCUACUGCUACGCCCCUCCUCCACCCUCCUUGGCAGCACCAGAGAUAUCUACGAGGAAGUGGAGAUCAAGUUAGGCUCUGUGGACUCUCUGCCUCGAGCCCCCUCCCACUACUCAUCUUCCACAGAGGGGGGCACAGGGCGGCAGGGCGCCCAGGGGGCCGGAGAAGGACUGGAGGUGGGGGGCAAGAAAGAACUGGAUGCUGUGAGUGUGACGGAGGUGAUGAAGGAUUCUGCAGAUAGGGAGAAAGCUUACUUGACCCAGUCCACAGAAUACUACAGCCUAGUGCCCGGCAUCGACCUGGAAGACUCAGACCAUGGAGAAUAUGAGAGUGUAGACCUCUCGUGACACCUAAACCAGGCGACCAGAGAGAAGUGGUGUAUCUGUGCACAUUGUGUGUGGGGGGGGGGGGGGGGGGGGACGACACUACAGUAUCACAACAAUCAUGUAUGAGGAAGUGAUGUAAUCCUGAGUAUUUCCUGUGGGAACUGUGGAACUUUCUGUAAAGGAACAUUAGCUCCACUCAAUCUUCUGACAUGACUGACUUUUGAAAAGGGAUUUGACAGGGGUUUUUCCAAAACAAUACUAUAUAUUCCCCAUAAUUGUACAUACAUUUUACAAAUUAGAUUUGUAUUCAACAUUACAGAUAAACUGUUAGUGUUAUAUUAACAAACCUAUGGUCCAAAGUGAAUGUAUGUGGUUUGUUGAGAUCAUAAUCAACCAUGUCUGACUCUGUUAAGCCACUAAAACUUAUUUAAAUAUUUUUUUAAAUGAUCAAUCAUAGUCUUGUAAGACAUUAUGCGGUGCAGCAAUGUAAAUAAUGUGGGACAUCUUGACACCUUUUGCUUGUGAGCACUGUAGAUCACUAUUUUGAGCUACAUUUCCCUCCCACAUACAGUAUAUUAUGCCUAGAUAAGCAGUACUGAAACUUUCCAUUUCAUUCCAGUUGGACCUGUUACAGAUGCUUUUUCCAAACCUAAUUACCCUUACCUCCCUUUCCAUUUAAAUACUAAAGAGAACAAUUAAACAUUGAGUUAAACCAGAAAACUAAGCCUGUAUAUGUCUAGGCUGUCGCUCAUGUGCAAUGUUUAUGAUGCUUGAGAUAAAGCUACUUUUAAAAUGAGUAGAUACAAAUGCCUAAAACAUCAUUAUGCCGAGUCAUGUCAUGUUAUCUAAGCAGGUUUCCUAAUUUCUGUCUUCAGAUAGCAUCUCCUCACUGAGCCAUGUCGACUGUGAAGAUGGACAUAAAGGUCCUUCAGACAUCACCAUGGUGCAUUCAGCUUGGUGAAGGCCUCCACUUUUAGGCCACUACUUUUACUCCAAACUCUCUGGUUACAAAGAAGUUUUAUAUUACACAUUGUAAAUAUAAUAGUCUGUAACACAUACUUUGAAUGCAUUCUUUUAGCCAUUGAAAGCUGAUUUUACCCCAUGCACAUUGAGAGAGAGGGUGGGGAACUUCCUGGAGUUUAUAAAUGAACUGAAGUGUAUUGUCCAGAUCAAGUUUCAGUGUAAACUCUCAUGUUUUCCAUUGAAGGUGUCAACUUUACUUUAGCAAUUUACACAUUUUUAUGUUCAGUUAACAAAAAAAAACAAAACCUUCAAUGACAAAACCACUGAUUGAAGUGAAGCCUUUGAAAAAUCAGAAGUACCUCUAUAAUAGACUUUAAUAUUAAACUAUUCCAGAUAUUUACGUGCAUCAGCUACUAAGAUAGAUCAUAGAAAGGAAAAAUGUUUACUACAAAGUUCUUUCACUGUAAUAACAACGGCAACCAUAAGAAAUGUCACAAUGUCACUUAAUCUUUCAGCAGGUCACCACUCCUCACAAAAAGCACUGAUUUAAUACAUGUAUGUGCAUAGAAAUAAUAUAUACAACAUAUAUAUUUGUUAUCUGGUCAAUUUUCUAGUGCUCUGUCUACUGUUAGUCCACGAAAAAUAAAUGUGUUUACAUUUAUUUCCCUCAUUUUAUUACUAACCAACUUUUAACCUUUUUACAUUGCCUGAAGCCUUUCUUUGGCCUCAACCUACUCUGUCCCCACAGUGACCCAUGCCUUCUCUAGCUACCUGAAAGCCCACUUCAAUAUCUG